AUGUUUGAAGAUAUAAACAUAAAGGACCAAAAAGGUUUAAGUUCACGGCGGAAGUUCCACAAGGUGUCAAUUUCAGCAUCAGAUCGAAUCGCUCUCCUAAGUCCCAACAACACAACCCACGCCGCCGUUCAUUGCCUCACUGCCAACGCUGCCGGACCACCGUUCAUCGCUGCAGAUGCUAGCAUUGGUGAUGCUGACCCCUCAUAUAGGUCAUGCCUAAUAAACUGUGAAGAAAUUGGAUGUGUGGGAGAUACAUGCCUUCCACACUGCAACAUCUCAUCUAAUGGCACCCCUCUUGAUGCUCCUUGGUACAUGCAAGAACCUCAAUGGGAUUGCCAAAGUGAUUGUAGGUACCAUUGUAUGGUAAAAAAGGAGCAAGAACGAGCAUCAUCUGGUCAAAAACCAGUCAAGUAUCAUGGAAAAUGGCCUUUUAAAAGGGUAUUUGGAAUUCAGGAGCCUGCUUCUGUUGCAUUUUCUGCUCUGAAUUUAGCAAUGCACUUUCAUGGGUGGCUUUCCUUCUUCAUUCUUCUGCAUUACAAGCUACCUAUGAAACCAGAUAAAAAGCCAUACUAUGAUUAUGCUGGUCUAUGGCAUCUAUACGGGCUUCUAGCAUUGAAUUCCUGGUUUUGGAGUGCUGUUUUUCACAGUCGAGAUGUGGAAUUGACAGAAAAGCUAGACUACUAUUCUGCAAUUGCAUUGCUUGGAUACUCACUGAUUGUAUCCAUAUUAAGAAGCUUCAAUGUGAGGCUGGAGGCUGCAAGAGUCAUGGUUUCUGCCCCUUUGCUUGCAUUUAUCACCACCCACAUUUUGUACCUCAACAACUACAAACUUGAUUAUGGGUGGAACAUGAAAGUGUGUGUUACAAUGGGAGUUGCACAGCUAUUAAUAUGGGCAAUAUGGGGUGGAAUAAGUGGUCAUCCAUCACGUGUAAAACUAUGGUUUGUGAUAGUUUCGGGUGCAUUAGCAAUGCUUUUAGAAAUAUAUGAUUUUCCUCCAUACCAAGGAUUUAUUGAUGCACAUGCUGUUUGGCAUGCUACAACAAUCCCACUUACUUACAUGUGGUGGAGUUUUAUCAAAGAUGAUGCUCAGCUUCGAACAUCUCUUUUACUCAACAAGAUGUAUGUGGUGCCAGAUUUUUCUAUUUUUUCACAUAAACACACUUGUUGA